CUAGAAUAUCUAGGGGCAUUUUCUUUAAUAUCACUCCUGAGUCCUGAGGCUUAGGUAAACAUGACAACCUUGCUUAAAAAGCAAGAUCAUAAAUAAAAGAGGAAAGAAGCAACAAUUGGGUGUGACUCCUAGUCCUAUGUCUGUGUCAUCCUUCCAGUGAAAGACUAGCAGAGACAGAAUGCCACAAGAGGACGAUGAAUCAGAGAUCAAGCUUCUCAAGAAAGAACUUGAAGUGUCUCGGGCCACGAUUGAACCAUUGGAGAAAGAGAACCAGGAGUUAAAACAGGAAGUAAGCCGUCUAAAAGCACAAAUAAGUUCCCUUAGAGCACACAAUAAUGAGAGGAAGACCAUGCUAUGGAAGAAGUUACAGAAUUCCUUGGACAGCAACUAUACAGAUGCAUCUCAACACAAACCAUCAAUUUUCAUGAGUGUAUCAGAACAACGUCCAGGAGUACCAGAAAAGACGAGUGCCGGAACAGAUAUCCCAGAAGCAAUAGCAGAGAAGAAAACAAUAAAGGUACCAAACCCACCACCAAGGCCUCAUUCAAUCACUCCUUCCUUGCCUAAGGAAGUAGUGAAAGGAAACACAGCACCACCAACACCGCCACCACCGCCACUGCCAUCAAAAUUGCUAGCUGGGUCAAGAGCAGUGCGGCGAGUGCCAGAGGUUAUGGAGUUAUACCGUUCACUAACUAGGAGAGAUGCCAACAAGGACAACAGAACCAAUCCUGCAGGAACUCCAGUAGUUGCGUUUACUAAGAACAUGAUUGGAGAAAUAGAAAAUCGCUCAUCAUAUCUUUCAGCUAUAAAAUCAGAUGUGGAAAGUCGCGAAGAAUUCAUCAAGUUCUUGGUUAAAGAGGUAGAGUCUGCAGCUCAUAGAGAUAUAUCUGAGGUAGAGUCAUUCGUGAAAUGGCUAGAUGAGGAAUUAUCAUCACUGGUUGAUGAAAGGGCAGUACUUAGGCAUUUCCCACAGUGGCCAGAACGUAAAGCAGAUGCACUAAGGGAGGCUGCUUUCACCUACCGAGAUCUAAGGAGCCUUGAAUCUGAAGUUUCACAUUUUGAGGACAACCCAAAAGAGCCUUUGGCCCAGGCUCUAAGAAGAAUUCAAGCAUUGCAAGACAGGUUGGAACAAAGCAUCGACAAUAUAGAAAGGAUGAGGGAAAGCACAAGCAAGAGGUACAGGGAUCUCCUAAUCCCUUGGGAAUGGAUGCUGGACACAGGCCUAAUUGGUCAGAUGAAAUUAAGUUCACUAAAGCUGGCCAAGGAAUACAUGAAAAGGAUAGCUAAAGAACUGCAGUCUGAUGAAUGCUCAAAUGAUGACAAUCUUAUGCUUCAAGGAGUUCGAUUUGCAUAUCGAGCACACCAGGCGGUUUUGAUGCAGAGACCAUACAAGUAUUUCAAAAGCUAAAGAAAGUCGGCUUGGGUAGUGACAAAUGAUUACACGCAUGGCUAAACACCCCAGAGAUGUUAGAAGAAUGUGGAAAUUAUCUAGCUGUAUACUAUCAAUCUACCAGUGUGAGGUUAAGUACCAUACAAGUUAAAUUAGCUAUUUAAUAUUGGAAAUAUUUGGUAUAUAUCAAUUUAGACAAGGAUAAGUUCCAAUAUGAUAAAUCUGAGUUCUAGUAUUCUAAGACACGUUCAAAGUU